AUGGACGUAGACGACGACGAUGCUUUCUUGUACGGCAACGAGCCAGCUGCAGCUCAGCCGGUGGAGAGCGCGUCCGCAUCAGCAGGGUCCAUCAAGACCGAACAACCGAAUAGUAAGCUGUCAUGCCUCGACUCGGUGGAGCGUUGGAGCGGCGAAGCGGUUGGGCAAGAGAUCCAUGAUGGCGUCAGGGAAGCUGCGAUGUACCUGCCCAAACUGCGCCAGCUCCGCUCGUACCGUCCAGGGUUGCUGCUUCUCUGGGUGUCAGCUCUGCCAUGGCAGCGUGAAUCCCUCGCAGCGUACGGUAUCGACCCAUCCGCUGCGGUAGUCGAGCCAUCUCUGGAAGAUGGAGGCGUCGAGGAGGAAGAAGAGCAGGACGAUGAUAGUGAUGACGAUGACGACGUGACCUUCUUCACUGGUCAGGCUGGAGGGCGUGCUCUUGAUCUGAGAAAAGCUCAACCAGCGACGAGCAAUGUGAUAGGGAUAGGCAAAUGGGCGCAUACGUCUACCGGACAAGCGCCUCCUGCUGCGUCCCCAGCUGCUCCUCAGCCCCAACGAGCUCCCCUUCACUCCGCUGUCAACGCCAACCAGACCACCGAGUACAACCCCGCCCCCCGUCCUGGGCCAUCCGCCUCAGCUACUCCUGUCCCCGGUUCUAACGCCUAUCCUCAAAUACCACCAUCAGGCGAUAUAGGAACCGCCCCGAACGUUCUCACUCCCUCAAAUCAACCCACCUCGAACGGUCCGCCCGGCGCCGCCAACUUCCCCCACUCUACGCUCCCUCCUGCACAUGCUGCAUCGUCACAUCCAAAUAUCGAUCCCACCCACCCCUCAGGGAUCAUCCCAAGCUCUAACAACUCGGUGUAUGAGAUCGACUUGGCGAUUUUCGAGGGAUCAGGUCAACCCUGGAGGCGGCCAGGAAGCGAUCUGAGCGAUUGGUUCAAUUAUGGAUUUGACGAAACAUCAUUCCCCAAGUUCUUGCGGUUCAGGGCGGAAAUGGAGGCAGGUCGGGCAGCUAUGAUGACCACUUCGCCCAUGCACGCCAUCCCCCCCGAGACUAUCCAGAUGGUCGGCAACUCCCUCCCUCCACUCACCAACCCCGCCGCCGCUGCUGGUCUGCCAAAUUUCAACCUCAACCCGCAGAUGCUGCAGCAGAUGCAGCAGAUGAUGGGGAUGCAGGGGAUGGAUAUGGGGAUGAUGGCUCAGAUGAUGGGGAAUAUGGGCGGAGCAGGAGGCGCGAAUGCGGGCCAGAUAGGCCCAGGGGGUCAGGUCGGGAAUGGGCAGAUGGGGAUGCCGGGGCAAGGACAAGGACAGUUGCAGCCUGGAGUUGCGCAGGUCAGACCAAAUCCGCCGCAGAGAGCAUCUGCCACUCCCGCUCCUUCAGCAAGCCAAAACGGCCAAGAGCCAGCCGAAGAAGUCAAGCAGGAAGAGCAAGAACCCAUCGCUGAGGGCUUCGCCGACCCAAACAUCGCUCAGCCCGGACAGCCGGUACAGCCAGGGAUGGGACCGAGAGGGAGGGGCAUGAUGCGAGGUAUGCCUGUCCGAGGAGGAGGUAUGGUCCGAGGCCGAGGAGCAGCUCCACUGGGACCCAGAGCAGGGACCGGCCCUAUCCCCACCGCGCCAAAAGGCCCCAAAGCCGGUCGAUUCCGGGACAAGGACCGCGUCGAAGCGUCCAUGUCAGGCGGUCUGGACUACGGUGGCGGCGGGAACGGCGGCGACGCGCGAGAGCCCGAGAGUCCUAGUGUCAGCAAUAGCGCCCGACCCAGUCGGAGACGGAGUCCAAGCAGGAGCGGAUCCGACCGCAGUCCGAGUCGGAGCAGAGGGAAGAGUUACUCGCGGAGCACCAGCCCGUCUGCUACUGCUCGAGGCGGAGGAGCGAGCGGGGCCAGCUCGCCCGAUAAGCGCCGGCGAGCGCGCGAGGAGGACGGGGAGCACGGGUCCAGGCGGAGCGGGGGCGGCGGGGGUAAGAGGGACCGGAGUGAGAGUCCGCGGAGGAAGAGUAGUCGGAGUGGUACGAAGGACAAGGAGAGGGAUAGGGGCGGGAGAGAUAGAGAAAGGGAGCGGGAGAGGGAUAGGGAGAGGGCGAAGCGGAAGCGAGAUGAUGGGAGUUUGGCGCCCGGUGUGGGGCUCGGUCCCGGCGGAUGGGGAGAGGAUGAGGAGGCAGGAGGGGAGAGGCGAUCAAGGCGGAGGAGAAGCUAUUCCGAUGAAGGCGAAGAAGCGGACCGGCAGCCCAAAAGCUCUACUAAGCGGAGAUGA